GUUUACUUAUACAUUUUGUGGUGCCAAAAAAAUUUAUAUAUACAUAUUAUUUUCCAAACACGGUAACUAUUUUAAUAUGAAAUGAUGAUAAAGUAAAAUUAAAGUGCUGUCAAAAAGUUAUUAUUUUAAUCUUUAUUGCAUUUAAAAUACCAGAAAUUAUACAACAAAACAAACAUUUCAUAUUCAAAUCUUCAUUUUUAAAACGUACAGUCAGCCAAGGAAGUGGUUUUCUGUCAUUGCUCUAUUUGUCAAGUAAUAGAGUCGAAAAGUGGUAAACCACUUUCUUGGCUGACUGUACCUACUCGUACAUCUAUACAUUUUGCGGUGGAAAAUAUGUUAUAUUUUACAAACACGGUAAUAUAUGUAUUUACAAUGAAUAAUAACAUUAAUAACGGCGAUGAAAUAAAAGUAAAGUCUAUUCAACCAUCACUUUCAUUCCUUCCAGAUGUUACACGUCCUUUCUUGCAUCCUCCUCUGCUACUCGCUUGCAAGCGGGCAGAUACUUCCCUCUCCUCUACCCCUCGGAGUGACCUCCGUGCCAUACGUGCCUCCAGGUCUCACCCCCGUACCGCCGGUGGCUCCCACUAUCUUCCCCUUCGGCCCUACUCCACGACCCUUGGUCCCUGGAGUCGCUGGAUACAACAACCCGUAUUACAACCCUGCUGCGGCCCCAGCUGUGCCUAUUCUGACAUAUAGCAACGAUCAUGGCGCUGGUGGCAGCUAUUCUUACAGUUUUUCAACUGCUGAUGGAAAGCAAGUUCAAGAAACAGGGUAUCUGAAAGACGCUUAUAUCGACAACGCAGGGGAACCCCAGGGAACGCAGGUAGUGCAGGGCAGCUACGCCUACGUCGCGCCGGACGGAACGCCGAUUCAAGUCAGCUACAUCGCUGAUGAAAAUGGAUUCAGACCUUCAGGAGUUCACAUCCCCGCCGAUGGCAAAGGCAUAUUACCCGCACCCGUGCUAGACAAGGACGGCAAACCAAUCUUAGAUCGAGCUUUCAACCCCUACAGCCCUUUCAACCGCUUUGACGGUCGCUACAGCGGGUACAACGGGUACAGCAGAUUGAACAGGCCCUAUGACCCGAGGUACCCGUAUGAUGCCCGGUACCCUCAGGACCCUCGCAAACCCUAUGACGCCAGGUACCCAUAUGAUCCCAGGUACCCUUACAACCCGGCUACCUACAAUCCUUACAACCCCUACCGUCCCUCCUGGUUGAACAACGUAAACGGCAACAAUAAUCAGAAUAAGAAAGAAGAACCAAAAAAGGACAUUACAUGCCGCAUCCGCCACGAUAAGCAGUUGCAACAAAUUUUUACGUAUAAAUACAGGGGGUGCGUUGUGAGUGCAUCAUUCCAAGCUUUGUCAUCAGACUUGCAACCUGCAACCAACAUACAAAACAACAUGAUGCGCUUUGUGAUCCUCAUCUUGGCAGUGGCCGCAGCCAGCGCUGACGUUAGCAGUUUCCAGACCUACCAAGAUCCUCAAUACACGACGCCCAUCCCGAUCAUCAGGCAGGAACAGGUCAUCAACCCCGACGGCUCGUAUAAAUGGAGUUAUGAGACCGGUAACGGAAUCGCGGCUGAAGAGCAGGGCUAUGUGAAGAACCUGGGCGUCCCAGACCAGGAGGCACAGACAGCGCAGGGACAAUAUCAGUACACCGCUCCUGAUGGCCAGGUUAUCCAGCUAACCUACAUCGCGGACGAAAACGGUUUCCAACCACAAGGGGCGCAUCUUCCGACCCCUCCCCCGGUCCCAGCUGACAUUCAGAAGGCUCUGGAUUACCUCGCCACGCUGCCGCCUCAGACCCCUGACAACAGGAACUACAGAACCCAAUAGGACGUGUGUAUAAACAAAUAAUCUUCUACGGCCGAACGACUUAAAAUUGCUGGAAGAUGACAAUCGUUAAUCGACAAACUUUAAAUAAAACGUAAAAAUGUAUUGGGACCAUAAAAGCUACGUGGUCUCGGUUUCUAGUUACGCCUCGGCCUGGACAGUAUUCCAACUUUCUAAACUGUAUUGCUAAAUGUACCUUCACAUCAAGUCUAUUUAUGGCUUUCUAUCACAGAAGGGUCCUUUAUGCUUUAUAUGCAAUAAGGACCAUUCCAUCAGAAAUUGUGAUAGAAACGUCCUUAUACCCAUGUGAAGCAUAUGUAAUGGAAAACCACAUUUUAUCAUCUUCUGCUGCUUUUUCGAACUUCCGUAUUCUUAUUUUCUUUCUUUCGUUGCAGGCGAUAAUUGCUAUUCUCUUUCGUAAGUCCGUUCUCGCUCCUGGACAUUCUGCUAUCGUUUCUAUACUCAAAAGCAAUGAAAAAGAGUCACGUUGUAUGAAAAUUUUAAUGAAAGCGCAUGAUAUUGAUUACUUUAGAUUAUACAAAUAAAUAAAUAAAAAUACUUGGUAGUCCGUAUCGUAAUCAAUGCUUACAGUAAGUUGUCACUGUGAAGUGUAGCUUGUUUAAUCUUAAUUCUUCUCUUUUUACUUUCAAUAUGAAAUUUGCAUGCCUACCUGUUCAAAUUUUUAUAAUUCUUUUCCACGGUUGUUUUGUUCUGAGGUAAUUAAUAACAAACAACAAACAAACACAUAUACACAUAUAUGUAACAAAGUAGCUUAAACGGCAUAGGAAAUUGUGCUAGUUGUUAUAAAUAAAUAUGAUAAUUGUUUUCAAAACAAAAAUGUAAAAAAUAAAUAAAAGUAUGUAGUGUUAAGCAUUUUAUGUUGUUUGUAUAUUUGUAUUUAAUUAAUAACUUAAAAUAAAUGUUUUAUGUUAUUGAUUUAUUUUAUUUAAACAAUGUAAAUUAAAUAAUAAUAACUUUGACUCAGUCCAAAGGCGCGCUGGGCGAUUAGUUGACAAUCCCAAACUCACAAGCGGUAUUGAACCUUUAAGUCUAAGGAGAGACUUUGCCUCCUUGUGUGU